UUUUAAAAUAAAAAAAUGCAUUAUUGUAAUAUUUAUCAACACCUCAACAUUGAUGUUAGCGUACUAUAAAUAGGUGCUCUUGGUGCUCUACUAUCAUCACAUCAAUCUUCCAGCAUAAACCUUGAGCUUAAUCUUUCUACUAAAUUUCAGCAAUAACUUCCUAAAGAUCAUGGGUGCCCAGAGCCAUUCACUCGAGAUCACUUCUUCCGUCUCAGCAGAGAAAAUAUUCAGCGGCAUCGUCCUUGAUGUUGAUACUGUUAUCCCCAAGGCUGCCCCCGGAGCUUACAAGAGUGUUGAUGUCAAAGGAGACGGUGGAGCUGGAACCAUCAGAACUAUCACCCUUCCCGAAGGUAGCCCAAUCACCACAAUGACUGUUAGAACUGAUGCAGUGAACAAGGAGGCCUUGACAUACGAUUCCACAGUCAUUGAUGGAGACAUCCUUCUAGGAUUCAUCGAAUCCAUUGAAACCCAUAUGGUCGUUGUGCCAACUGCUGACGGAGGUAGCAUUACUAAGACCACUGCCAUAUUCCACACCAAAGGCGAUGCCGUGGUUCCUGAGGAGAACAUCAAGUUUGCUGAUGAGCAGAACACUGCUCUUUUCAAGGCUAUUGAGGCCUACCUCAUUGCUAAUUAAGCUGAGCUCUCAACUUCGUAAUUUUAUGAGAGCGGAGGAAUUGCAACGUUUUCUUUUGUGUUUUGUUUUCGAGCAACUUCAUAAUUUACAGAGUGAGUGACAGUCAGUGACAGAAUUGCAACUUUCUCUUUGUACUUUGUUGUGACUUGUGAUGAAUAACUUCAUCUGGCUGGUAAUGUAUGCGAUCUUUUUAAAUAAUAUGCACUAUUAUUAAACCAAUAAUCAUAUUCAUUCUCAA